AGUGUCCGCGCCGUCACACUUGGGCAGGUGUGUUCGCACCUGUGUCCCGCCCGCCCGACCGCCUACCAGCGCCGCAGAGAGCAGUGAGCACCUCAGCGGCGCCCCGCGCUCCCUUCUUGCCCGAGGCGGUGACCUGUUCACCCUCGGAUAGACGGCAGCCGCACACAGGUGUGAGUCCCCGCUCACAGCGGCUCGCUCAUGAGCUUCGGACGCGGUGGGAUCAAGAGUGUCCCGGAGACGGACCUGUACCCGAGUCUGCUCCCGGUCGGGUCUCGCUCUGACUCGGACCGCCCCUGGUACGGCGAGCUGGCGCAAUACACGACUCCGGCUCCGGCCCGUCCGUGGUAUCCGGAGCCACCUCCGCUGGACACCCUCCCCUCCAGAGCAGCCAUGGCCGAUCCGGAACCAAUCUACAUGAGUCCGUCCGAGGUGGCGCAGGGUCACAAGCACGCAGCGCGAGGCGACGACGCGGAUUCUGUCAUCUCCGACGCGUCACUCUCGACGCUGGCGGAGGAGCCGGGUCAGACGAGCCUCUCCGACGCGCGGUACAACCAGCUGAAGAGGACGCACCAGUUGAGGGAGAAGUUGAGGGAGUGGGAGCCGUCCGCCGACGGGGCAGGACAGGACAGCCAGCUGAUGGUGUCGGCGGAGAGCGGAGUGUUCAUUGAGGAGCUGCACGAGUUUGACGGGCCGAACAGGCCAGCUGACCAGCGUGGCAGCUCGCUGCUGAAGCCUGGUGAGAUGUCUGUAGCCCUGGACUCACCCGCUGGCAGGGCUCGUGUAAGCCAGGUCCGACUGCGCCACUCCACGCCAAUGAACACAGUCAUCAUGUUUGUUCCCCAGCAGGAGGCAUGGGUGGUGGAGCGGAUGGGCAAGUACUCGCACGUCAUGGAGCCCGGCCUGAACCUGCUGCUGCCCGUGGUGGACCGCGUCAAGUACGUGCAGAACAUGAAGGAGCAGGCCAUCGACAUCCCGCAACAGUCGGCGAUCACCUCAGACAACGUCACUCUGGCCAUCGACGGCGUGCUCUUUCUGCGCGUGGUGGACCCGUACAAGGCCUCGUACGGUGUGGAGGACCCUGAGUUUGCCAUCACUCAGCUGGCCCAGACCACCAUGAGGUCCGAACUGGGUAAGAUCCAGCUGGACAACGUGUUCAGGGAGCGUGAGAGUCUCAACAUCGCCAUCGUGGAGUCCAUCAACAAGGCUAGCGAGUGCUGGGGCAUCACCUGCCUCCGAUACGAAAUUCGUGACAUCAAGCUGCCCCAGAAUGUGCAGGAGGCUAUGCAGAUGCAGGCGCAGGCUGAGCGUAAGAAGCGAGCCGCCAUCCUCGAGUCGGAGGGAGUGCGCACUGCAGAGAUCAACGUGGCAGAGGGACAGAAACAGAGCGUCAUCCUGGCAUCGGAGGCCGCUCGUAUGGAGCUGGUCAACAAGGCAGAGGGAGAGGCUGAGGCUCUGCUCUCUGUGGCUCGCGCCCGCGCUCAGUCGCUGGCCGUCAUCUCAGAGGCACUCUCCCUGCCCAACGGACAGAAUGCCGCCUCCCUGGCCAUCGCCGAGCAGUACGUGCGGGCCUUCCAGAGCCUGGCCAAGGAGAAUAACACUAUGCUUCUGCCGGCCGACACCGGUAACAUGGCCAGCAUGGUGUCCCAGGCCAUGGCAAUCUACGGCAACGUCACCGCGCAGAAACAGAAGCCGGCGAUAGGUGGCAGCACUGACGGACCGGCAGGUGGCAGCACUAGUGGUGCACCGGCCGGUAGUGUAACUGGAUCAGACGUUACAUCGGGAAUGAGCUAGGUUGUAGUAGAUUACUGAAAGACAGUGGGAAUGAAGAUGUCUUCCGGACUCGGAGGUCAUUUGGUAAUGUCUGGUGGACAGUGUACCAGCCUGAUCGAUCAUCCCCGUCCGUGAUGACUCCUAACGUUGACUACUAGGGAUGCCGAUUGCCUACAUACGACGGUUUCCGCUCUAGCGUAACAGAACUGCCACCAAACUGGCCCACAUUGUCAGAUGGUGACAACAAGGUCUAUUCGUGAUCAAUCCGCCAUGUUUCCUCGGUAUUGAGAUGCUGGUGGGAGUGCUAGCCGCGCCCCGAUGCCGGACGCAUUUCAUAGCAUGCCAUUGGACCAACAGCAUUUUGUCUUGUGCGCCGAGAUAGAACAAUCUGCGUGGAAACGGCCGUCGAGACUGAUUCAGUCCCUCCGUGUGUAAGGUCGAUCUGGUAGUGGGCUUACCUGUGACCUGAAUAGCGGGGUGGGUGAGACUGUCAUCUCGGGAGGAUGAUAAAAAUGGCCUGAUGUCGCCCUGUGACUAUACCCGAGAGGUACGUACGGUCGUGAGCUGCUCGGGCCGGGACCCUGUACUCACUGGUGUCUCCCAGUCCGUCCAGGCCACAGUACCGAGAUAACUGACGUUAUCCGUCUAACCCAUCGCGCCGCCGGCCGGCCGUCUAGUCGCUGAGUGUGAGUGUCCGCAUCUCGUGGAGUGGAGUGGGGUCGUUCAGGUGCUGGGUUCGAUACUGGAGUUUGUCGUGGGGUCGUCAAUAGCGCCUUGGCCGCUUUGUGCGGCAAAUGUAGUCGUGUGUAGUGUUUGGUGCCGUUUAUAUGGGACAGAAGUGAUGCGGUAAUAUUGGACAUCCCGGCGCAUAUGAAAACGUUAUGUUUUGGAUUCGUCGUUACAGCGUGGUCUUUGCAAUUCGGUCCGUAAGACAAGUGAUUCCUGGUCCUCCGCAAAGACGUGGUCUGGUCACUGGUCCACAGUUAUUCCUGGUCUUCAGUAAGUGGUCCGUGGCACAGGCGUGGUCUUUCAUCCGAGGGCCGUCGUUAUGUCAUCACAUGUUGCACUCGGUCCAACGUGUUGACAGGUAGCCAUGCUCGCUCGCGGCUUGCUGUGGGCCUUGUGGAUACUGUUACCCUACUGAGAAUUAUCGGCUCCGGAGUUCGGUCGUCAAAUACAUGCGUGAUCUUUCAGGG